GUUAGCUGCCGUGUGAGAACAUAGCCACUAAGUGUUGAGGAAUUAUUACUAAACCAGUUGCUUACGAGAUGAAUUGUAGCGAGGGGUUCGUGUCUUUCUGGGGAGCAAUCCAACUGGCAGUAUUGACAGGAAUUGGUCCCACUGGAAGUGCACUACUUAGAAGAUUUGGUAUGAGGAGGUUGGGAGGUGUUGCUGGGUUCGUGUCAUGUUGUGUCCUACUCUUUCUCUCGAUUGGUGCUAGAAACAAGUGGAUGUUUGUUAUAGCGGUGUGCUUACAAGGUUUGUGUCUAGGUACGAUAUACACGGCAACUUUUGUGGUAGCUGCAAAAACAUUUACGACUCGCCUUUCCCAAGUGAAUGCUGUUCUGCUUGUUACAUCCGUUGUACCAGCUGGGUUAGCUCCAUUGAUUCAGAAAUUGGUGGAUAAUUACGGUUGGAGAGGUGCAAUUGCUAUCGUAGCUGCAGCUCACUUGCAUGUGACGGUUGCAUCCUUCCUGCUGAAUCCCAGAGUUGGCAAAGUUGAGUUGGAUCUCGAGGAUAUUGAAGAUGAUUAUCAAACUGACCUAGAAAAUCAUUUUAAAAACAUUAAUGGAUUCUUUAAGAAAACCUUGAAACGUCUUCAUCUGGAAGUCUUCAGCAAUAACCGUCAGUUGCUAGCAUUGUGUCUGUCUGUAAUAAUCGGAGGCCUUACUAUGACGUCAUUUUGGUUGUUUUUUGUUCCAUAUGCUGUAGACUCAGGCAUCUCUCCUAUUGACGCCAGUGAGAUUUUGUUGGCAUCAGUUAUUUCAUGCGUUUUGAUUAGACUUUUUCUAUUUUUAUUUGGUGAUAUUGACGUUACUCUAAUAAUAAAAAUAUCUGCAGUUGCACAGUUAUUCGAAUUAACAUCGUUUUCUAUAUUUGCAAUUGGACAUAAUUUUUUGAUAUUUUAUAUCAGCUCAGCUUUUCACGGAUUUGCGUUUGGAAUGCUAUGGCACGGAUAUGUUACUUUAGCGACUAAGUUUGUUAGAAAAACAAAUGAAAUAGAUGACGCAAUUUCCUGGAUAUUGUUGGCAGAAGGAGUAGGAUCGAUAUCAUCAGCAAUUGUAGGUUUCUCUGUCAACAGUUACCGUCUCGGUUUUCAAAUAUGCUGUGGCGUCCAAUUAAUUGCGGUCGUAUUGGUAGUAUACAUACUUAUACUGCAGAAAAGAAAGCCGAACAACAUCUGAAAAAAUGGGUUUGUAAAGAAU